AUAACAGACAGGUGGAGGGCAUGAGGCUGCCACUGCUGCGUCAACUCCGUUCGCUCAACUCCAAGCCCCACUUCUACUCCUCAACUCUCUUCUCCGCCGCUUCAUGACCGCCGCCGCAGGGCAGGUGUCUCCGUCGACCACCCGUCUGGGCUGGAUCGGCACCGGCGUGAUGGGCCGGUCCAUGUGCGGCCACCUGAUCAAGGCCGGCUACACCCUCACCAUCUUCACCCGCACCGCGUCCAAGGCCCAGGGCCUUAUCGACGCCGGCGCCCACUGGGCCCCCUCCCCUAUCGCCGUCGCCGCCCAAUCCGACGUUGUCUUCUCCAUCGUCGGCUACCCCUCCGACGUCCGCCACGUCCUCCUCCACCCCUCCUCCGGCGCCCUCGCCGGCCUUAACCCCGGCGGCGUCCUCGUCGACAUGACCACCUCCGAACCCUCCCUCGCCUCCGAAAUCUCCGCCGCAGCCGCCUCCAAGUCCUGCUCCUCCAUCGACGCCCCCGUCUCCGGCGGCGACCGCGGCGCCAAGAACGCCACCCUCUCCAUCUUCGCCGGCGGCGACGAGCCCACCGUCCGCCGGCUCACCCCUAUCUUCUCCCUCCUCGGCAAAGUCAACUACAUGGGCGGGCCAGGCAAAGGCCAAUUCGCGAAGCUCGCGAACCAAAUCACCAUCGCUUCGACGAUGGUCGGCUUGGUGGAGGGAUUGAUUUAUGCCCACAAAGCCGGCCUCGAUUUAUCCCUAUAUCUCGACGCAAUUUCCACCGGAGCGGCCGGUUCCAAAUUGCUUGACGUGCACGGAAGCAAGAUAUUGAAGAGGGACUUCGAGGCCGGAUUCUUCGUCAGUCACUUCGUGAAGGAUUUGGGAAUUUGUUUGAAGGAAUGUCAGAACAUGGGUCUUGCUUUGCCUGGACUGGCUCUUGCCCAGCAGCUCUAUCUUUCUCUGAAAGCUCAUGGAGAAGGCGAUUUGGGCACCCAAGCGCUCAUUCUGGCUCUCGAGCGGCUCAACAAUGUGUCACUGGAGUCUGCUGCUUCUUCGGCCGGGCAGGCUUAGAUGCAAACCGGUAAAACUUGCAUCUUGAUUGGAGAAUUUGGACUUACAGUGUGUACUUUUUUUGUUUGUUAAAACAUGUUUUGACUGGUGGGGAUUGUAUGGAUCGAAGUUUCCUUUGAUGAACAAGAUAAUCUUCCUGAAAA